AUGUCUUGUCAGUUACGCGUCGACAAAGCAGGAUUGCGGAAUGUAAGGAACGCCUUCCAAACUUGCCUGGGGGAGAAAUGGUUAUUGUGCGAUGUCUUGAAGAGUUCAGUAAACUGCUAUACACUGCUUGUAUCGUUCCAUGGGUAUUACAAGAACAAAUCAUCGACGUUUAAAUAUUAUACGGAAGAAACUUAUGACCGAUCUCCGUUGGCUCUUCCCGACAAUGUCUCUCAAGGAGGAUACUCCCAGGUUCCUUCCUUUCCUCUCAUUCCCGACUUGAUCUCUCCUUAUUUCAAAGUAGGAAGAAACGUUGUGAAGGCGUUGUAUGAUUACUACGUCAAUCUGGGAGUGAUUGAACCAUAUUCGAAAAACAAAGUAGAGAAGAAGAAGGAGAGAAGGGUUAUUUGCAGACUGGACCGUGGCCUGAGGUGCAGGAGUGCUCCAGCAAGCAGAGUCGCCGCGGUGCCUAUCCUCGAACUCCAACUCUGCCCAGGAUCUAACCAGUGGACACGCAAGCUUAGAAGUCAACAAUCCAUCAGGCAAACACACAGGGACAAGAAACGGCACCUGCAACCCAAACCAUCUCCUUCACUUUCGAUCAUCGACUUCAACUGGAUGACUCGAGGUGGUUUUGGAGAAUCUCCUGAAACGGCGGAUGGCAAGUUGUGA